GUGCUCUCGGGUUGCUCUAAGGCUGGCUUUCUGCAUGCUGGUCUUUUGGGAUGCAUUGGAUCUGUCACUGCUUGUACGCUGUAUGUCACUAACAUAUAUUUGUCCAUUUGUUUUAUAUUAUGGUCCUUACACUGUUGCCCGGGGCCACUAGGACAAGAAUGGGAUGAAGCCCAUGUGCGGUUCUGUCUUGUUAAGGAUUCAUUUUCUUCCUUUAUGUUGAACUUUCAGGGAAAGGAGAGAGCCAGCAGGCUUUUCCCAAAGUGGCUGUCUGGGAGAGAGCCACUGCAAGGCUCUUUCCAUCUCAACUUGCACCUUUUAGCAGUCCUACCUCUGGCCUUCAGUUUAAGGGAUUAUCUGCCACAGUGGUUUGCCUUCUUAGUUUGUGUUUAGCUGGGAUUCAACCUGAUUCUUCCUUUUUAUUAGGUGAUUUCAUUUGUUACUUCACACAACCUCAUUUUCCCUCAUCUUCGCUGUUGGGAUGACCUUGGGCUGCGUGAUAGAUGGAUGUUCCCUUGCAGUGGAGGAGAAAGUGUGCCUGAACAUGGCUCUGGGAGGUCCUUCUGGUGUCCUUCUGAACCAGCUUCUUCUCCUGCAAGAGAAAAAAUGCCACACAGGCUCCCUGGGGUCUUUCAGAGCCCUCAGUUACUUACUGGCAAUAGUGUUGCACUCAGCAUGAAAUUUCAAAUGUGCUAACAAUUUUAGCUAGACCCAACAUAUAAUUCAUUUAUACAGUAAACAUUUUUAUGGGAAUUAUGACAGAGCCUAAAAUAGGCCAGUGUUAACCCUCUUUUUUUGUUUUGGCUGCAUAGAAACAAAUCUAAUAUAAAUUGCAAGUGAUGACGAGCCUGGUAUUUAGAAGAGCCAAGUUUACAUGAGUGGGCAAUAAAAGCUAGGCUGUAACAAAAGCCUUACGCCUCCUACAGUGUCUUUCUAAAGGUUUCCAGAAUUUGAACAGCUUACUUCCUACCCAUGUACAAAGCAGGAGGAGAGCAACACUGGUCUGACAAAACUGCAUGUUUGUUGUUGUUGUUUUGCUUUUACUAAAGAAAAAGGGGAGAAAAAUCCCAGAAAUUCAGAUUUGGUGUACCUGAUUCAACACACACACAUCCUCACCUGCCCCAGACGAGUAUAGUGGUUGAUUUGCAGCUGGAUCUGACAGAGCUUAUCUGUUUUAUCAAAAAAAAACAUGGUUAAAAAAAAAACACUCCCUGGAGAGAAACACAAGUACCCUCAGCCAAAUACUCCUUUUGUUUUCUGUGAGUGCACUCAAGUAAAGGUACAGCCACGGCUGAGAAGAGUUAUUCUCUCUCGCGUAACAUGAAGGUGACUCUUUCUAACCCAGCACUUCUGAUGUUUGUUUUCACUUGCAAAUGUUACCAAUCUAGCAGGGAAACAUCUUCACUUGCUUCAGGUGAUGAUACAAAGCACAGCACAGCAAAAUCAGAUAUUGUUUAGGAGCGGAUUACGUGUGUGUGGCCGUGGAGGUGUUAGAUCCUAGCAAACACACCAGAAACAGUAUGCCACAGAGAUGGAAAUGCCCUGGUGCAUUUGCAGGGCAGAUGAACAUAGGAAAGAGCCCAUGGACGGCUGUGUAAAUGUUAACUGGUGUCCUGAGAAGGGAGCUGCCCACAGCCCCAUGUGCAGCAUGCUGUCACCUGGAGCUAACGAGCUAACUGGGUUGUAGCAGGAGCAAGCUGGGCCUCAGCCUGCUUUGGGGCUCGCUCCAGGUGAGGAGCCUCUUUUCUCAGGGUCUGCAAGUGAGGGCUGAUCUCUGAAGAGAGCGCUUACAAGGAGGUGGACGUGCCUGUUUGUAAAAUGAAGAUGAAGAAAAACUGGUCUCAGAACAUCACAUGCCAUCCACACAUCAGGACAAUGAAUAAGUCCAACAGCUGCAGUGUAGCAGAUGUAGAAGUGAAUCACCAUGUUCGUCUCACUGAAUUUGCUCUGUAUAUCCUCAUUUUCUCUUUUGGAGCAAUAUUUAAUGCCCUUGCCCUGUGGGUGUUCUUCUGCAAAAUAAAGAAGUGGACAGAAACCAGGGUGUACGCAAUCAAUUUAAUUUUUGCUGACUGCUUCGUCAUCUGCAUCUUGCCUUUCAUGGCUUAUUUUAUCUGGAAUAAGUCAGUCCGAGAUGAACUCUGCCAGUUUAUAGAGGCAAUGUAUUUUAUCAACAUGGUAGUGAGCACCUACAUCAUUUCAUUUAUCUCCAUUGAUCGAUAUAUUGCCAUAAAGUACCCUCUGAAAGCUAGGACCUGCAGGUCUCCAUCAAAAGCUGCCCUUCUCUGUGGGCUUCUGUGGGUCUCUGUUAUAAUCGGUACAACCUUAAGAUUUCAAAAGAGACAAGCUACUUUCUGUUUUCAGAAGGAUGCCACCAUAUCCACUGCUCAGACCAUGCUUUCCAUUUUCUUCAUUUUCACUCUUCCAUUAGCAACCUUGACCUUUUGUUCCAUAGAAAUCAUCAGGAACCUUAAGAAACAGCUGAAGACAAAUUCACUGGAAAAUAAAUUAAUCCAGAAAGCUCUUUACAUUAUUUAUGCAAAUCUGAUUGUGUUUCUAAUAUGUUUUCUGCCAGCCUACAUUGCGGUACUUUUCAGGUUCAUAAUGAAGUACGUUGGAACUAGCUGUUUCCUGACCCAGGUCAUGAUGGACUUCUUUGCCCUGACGAGGUGCAUUGCCACGUCCAACUGCUGCCUGGAUAGCAUCUGCUACUACUUCGUGACCAAAGAAUUCCAAGAAGCCAUUCUGCUGCCCAAAUCCAGCACUGACAAAACAAAUCAGACCCAAUCCUUGCAGACAAACACUUGCUAAAGGAAAGGAAGAAGAAUACAAACCAAACCACCACCACCACCAAAAAAAAUGCAAUGCCAAGAGAAGGUACAGCUUCAGUGUUACUGGAUAACCAUUGCCCUUUCGUUCCAGGGACAGCUUUGUUAUGCCUAUCAUUACCAAGUUAAUUGUAAUUUUUACUCUACGUGUCUAUUAAACAAAUCGGUUGUUUCAUA